GCUGUGUAAUUUCCUGUUGCCACAAAUAAAUGAGCUUGGUAUUUGAACCGUCCGAUUCUCUUCUCUACCUUCUCCAAGCAAGUAAACAAACCACAUUCGUUUUAUUUCAUUCAGUUCUUCAGGCUCAAGCUUCCCAAUCUCAAAAGCAUCCUCAACUUCGAAAUAAUAUUUAUCGCCUUUCCAAAUUAUCAAUACACAUAAUCACGUGCAAAAUGCAGCCUUCCAUCUUCCUCGUUGCUUUCGCAGCUGCUGCAGCAGCCACCGCUUCUGACGCCUCAGCUGCUACCAGCGCCGUCGCCCCGGUCACCACCGGCACCUUCAGCAACGGAACCGCAACCAACGGCAGCUUCGUUUCCCCAACUGCCACCGGCGCUUCUUCUACUAGCAAGGCUGCUGCUCCUGCCAACUUCGUUCCAGCAGGUGCUCUUGCCGCUGCCGCUGCCGGCAUGGUUUACCUCUUGUAAUCUUUCCAUCGGGCGUUGGCUUUCAAAUUGUGAUACCCGGGUUUCUGCAUGCGAGAAUGUCACCCUUUUGAUUACUUUUUUUUGGCAUGCAUGGUAUCGCUUAGGGUACUCUUCCAGAUGAGAUCAGGCGUGCAUUGGAAGAGCUUCGGGACGGUGGAGGACACAAGACGAUCAUUUAGACGGAGGCCUACAUUCGGACGUGGAGAUAUUAUACCUUUCCUGGCAUUGAUUCAUGCUAGCUUCAAUUCAAACAUACCCUCUUCAAAAGAC